AGAUAGAGAGAGAGAGAGAAACACACACGCCGCUUCUCCGCUCACUCUCCACCGCAUGCUGUUCCAGCACACUGCGCGCUGUUCAGGAGGACUCUGGCCAAUGAGGCACGCUGACUGCUCAUCUUCUCUGGUGUGUUGAUAUAUCUGUGAAGAUCAGAAGCUACUCAUGAUGAAACAUGCAAGAGACUCUGAAGAGAUUAAGGAAGUCAUACAGACCACCUGAAAACUCUUUGGGGAAACAACCUCCGUGUUUUUCAACGACAUUGGACUGUUAUAUGCGGUUAAAAGAAAUGGAUGGCAUAUAUGAGGAGCCAACUAAUUUUUAAUGAACCAAAGCAAUUGGCGUUUAAUGUCUAAACCUGCAAUGAAUGGUUUUCUCUUUUGGGCCAUUGGGAGUGCUGUAGAAUGGAAGAUCCAUUCCAGACAUUCUCUCAAGGGUCUGUCAUGCUACCUCCAAGAAGAAUGAGCAAUUUUCACCAGAUGGAGAUAUGCGCAUGUCGCUACUGAACUGGUCAAAUGGUUUAUUUGUCUGGACAGAGAACUAAGAGUAUCCUGAAGAGGAGGAAGUGGCCGUAACUUGACCCAUGACAAAGUAUGUGGCUGAAGAGCCAGGCUGAAGUUUAAAAAGCAGGGAAAUGGGAAUCGACAGUAAAAAUUUGAACAAAACCUUAUUUGUUGUCUGCACCUUGGAAAUAUAAGACUUUAGUCAACAGACAAAACACAAACAGUUCUUCUUUUUAAUCAAAGACGUAAACGCUGGUGACUUCAACAAGCAGUUCUGGCGCGGGCAACCUUUGGCUGAUCUUUACGUCUUGUUUUUGAUGGUACACACAGAUGCCCCAACUUUAUUGAACUACAUCUUCUUACCCGCCUUGUUGUUGAGGUUGUCAGUUGUGAUGCUGCGCAGGGGUCUGCUGUCUUGGCUCUCACGUGUGGGUGUUCUGUUAGUGGUGGUGUGCUGUUGCCUUUCCCUUCUUUAUGUCAUCUCUUGCAGCCCCCAUGCUGAUGAGCCCAUGGCUGGGCAACCCCUUCCCAGGCCUGGAGGGAUGGCUAUUGCUGGGGGUCCAAGCAGGCCAGGUGGUGUUGGAGGUGCCCCAAUUGGCCCUGCUGGACGGGAAGGAUUUCAGGCCCUGCUUCAAGAGCGGGAAGAGCAGCACCGGCAGCAUAUUGCCAGCUUGAAAAAACAAAUUGCUCAACUUAAAGAGGCUCUCCAGGAACGGAGCGAACAACUUAAGGGCAUGCAGAACUCUUUGGAGAAGACGGCUGGGAGGGGCACGGGGGGUGACGUGGCUGACGAGCGCAGUCACAGCGACCUGCAGGAGUUCCUACGCAGCCAGCUGAGCCGGGCUGAGGUACACAGUGGGGUGCGACUGCCGAGCGAGUACGCUGUGGUGCCCUUUGAGAGCUUCACCUUACAACGCGUCUACCAGCUGGAAAUGGGGUUGACCCGUCACCCCGAGGAGAAGCCAGUGAGGAAGGACCGCAGGGACGAACUGGGGGAGGUGGUGGAGAGUGCGCUGCAGUCCCUCAAUGCGCCGAAUCAAGGUGGAGACAGAAUUAAAGCCAGUAAAGUCUACACACCAGCAGAUUUUAUAGAAGGCAUAGCGCGCACUGAAAAGGACAAGGGCACGCUGUACGAGCUGACCUUCCGCGGCGAGCAGAAACUGGAGUUCCGCAGGCUGGUUCUCUUCCGCCCCUUCGGCCCCCUCGUGAAAGUGAAAAGUGAGCUUGUGGAAACCGCCAACAUGCCCAUUAACAUUGUGCUGCCUCUGUCCCAGAGAGCCGACAAAUUCAAACAGUUUAUGCACAACUUCAGAGAGGUGUGUGUGAAGCAGGACGGGCGGGUGCACCUUACCGUGGUUUACUUUGGAAGGGACCAGAUGAACGAGGUCAAAGGAACCUUGGAGAACACAUCGAGGGAGCUGAACUUCCGUAACUUCACUCUGAUCCAGCUAAAUGAGGAGUUUUCGCGGGGUCGAGGGCUGGAUGUGGGCGCUCGUGCCUGGAAGGGAGGCAAUGUCCUGCUCUUCUUCUGUGACGUGGACAUCUUCUUCACAGCCGACUUCCUGAACACAUGUCGUCUUAAUGCCCAGCCCGGAAAGAAAGUGUUUUACCCAGUUCUCUUCAGCCAGUACAAUCCAGCUGUAAUCUACGGCAGCCACGAUCACGCCCCCUCUGUGGAACAGCAGCUGAUCAUUAAAAAGGACACUGGCUUUUGGAGGGACUUUGGGUUUGGAAUGACCUGCCAAUACAGAUCCGACUUCAUCAAUAUAGGGGGUUUCGACGUGGACAUUAAAGGCUGGGGCGGCGAAGACGUGCACCUGUACAGGAAGUACCUCCACAGUAAUCUACUAGUAGUGCGCGCCCCGUCCCGCGGCCUCUUCCACCUGUGGCACGAGAAGCGCUGCGCGGACGAGUUGCCCCCAGACCAGUACAAGAUGUGCAUGCAGUCCAAGGCCAUGAACGAAGCCUCGCACGGCCAGCUGGGAAUGUUGCUCUUCCGGCACGAGAUCGAGGCUCACCUCCGCAGACAGAAACAGAGAAGUGGGGCCAAAAAAGCCUGAUGGAUGUUACCUCUUCUUUACAUGCUCUCAAAGGGAUUGUUCACAUGAGGACGGUCUGUCCUUGUUUACUCGCGCUCGUGACAUUUGCCAUUCUUUGUUCUGUGGAUGCAAAAUGUUCCGGUUGUUCUUUUCACUGCACAAUAAAGUCAUCCUAAAAGGGGUCCACAUGAAGCCCAACAUUAUGUUCAAAGAAGCAGAAAUGUCCGUUUUCAGGAAAAAAAAUAACAAUUCUUUUGUGUCACAAAAACAUCCCCGCUGAAAAACAAGAGCAACAAGAAACCAUCAGAGAAGUUCUAAUGUUUUGCACUACAAAUACAUUACGAACCAUCAACUGUUAACUAUUAAAAACAUUACCAAAUGGUUUCCAGUAGCAUAGUUGGCAAGUUUUCCGGCACAACUGGGCUACUUGUAACCCCCAAAAGGGAGUGGUUUUCAGCUCCUUUAUGAAAACAGACUUUGCUAUUUUUAAGUUGAAAUUGUGAAUAACACACAAAAGUGAAUGUAAAAUAUGUAUUUUAGGUAAUGGUGUGGCAUAUGUUGAGUUUUGAUGUUUGGAUAGGGUAAUUCAGGCUUGUUUUGGGCUAUUUUUGAUUGGCCUUCAGACAGGUUUUGUCACAGAGACCUGGCAAUCCUGUUUUGAGCCUUAUUCCAUUAGGAUUUUGAGAUUUUAACAUGACACCAAUAGAAGGCAACACAUUACCAGUAGAGACCCAUAGUUUCCGUCACAACCAAAUCAAUACAAUUCCCAUUAUAGCCAUUAGAAAAAUACAGUGAGGGUUUCUAUUAGUUUGUUGUUGUUGUUUUUCAGUGGAGAUGUGUCUGUCAUAAACACCGUUUUCAUGGCGGAUUUAGCUGAAGAACAAGUUAAGGAAAAGUAUAAUAUAGUACAUAUUUAGAAAAAUGUUCCUCUCUAGAGUUCAUUUUUCUAGCUGGCUAUCGAGUUUAUGAAUGACAUUUUUGAUGUAGCUUUACGUGAUAUUACAAGCUGUAUUAUUUACGUCUUUCCCGAAGUUGAAACACUGAUUGAUCGAUUUAUGACACGUGUUCAGGAACACUGUUCACGUGCUGCUGCUUUGCUUAAUCUGAAUCUGUCACGCCACAGGAAAUCAAUUGUUUGUAUCUUUCAAUAGACAGAAUUGCAAAGCUGAGACUUUGUUUCAAAUCAAAAGUAGCAAUGCACAAAGCUUGUGUCAACUUGGGAAGUAGGCUAAUAGGCUACUCAA